AUGCAACGGGCCUCGCGCACGCUGUGGCUGCUCAGCGGCAUCAACUCCGGGCGUCUUCGUCUCGCCGAGCAGUUCGCGACCAUGCAGGGAUGGCAGGCGGGCGAAGACACCGCCUUCGAUGCGUACGUCAAGGAGAAGCGGCAGAAGGAGCGCUACGAGGCGUUUGAUCAACGUGUUGAGCGGGGAUACGCGGCUGCGGCGAAGCUGCACAAGGCGGAGGUCCAGAAUGCUGUGAAGCGGCGUCUAAAGGCCACGGGAGCGAAGUUUACUGCCGCAACACUGCGAGAGAUGAAAGUCGCCCUGGAAGAGCGUAUGGUCUGGCUUCGUGAGGUGUGGACACAGAUUGAUGCGGACUACCGUAGCGGCGACACUGCUCGACAGGAGACCGCCGCGCGUGAGAUAUCCGCCGCUCUGAUGGGUGAGCCGAGCGACUACAUGCAGUGGGUGUAUGAAAAGAAGCGAGAACUUCGAUUUGCAGGACCCAUAAAACGUGCUGAAAUGCAAAGUGAGCUGCAGAGCGCGGAGCUGCCGGAUGUCUCGGAUGAGGAGGUGAAUCGCUACCACGCUUUGAGACUUAACAUGAUGGAGGUGGAGCAAAAUGUCAAGGCCAAGUACGGCUUGGCGGGCCAACAGCACUGGGCCGAGUUGCAGGCAGAGAAAGAUGAUGAGUACUUGAAAAAGCUGGAUGAUGCUGCAGAGGUCUACAAACAACUACUUGAUCAGAACGCACGCCUGGAUGAAUCGAAGCGAACAGAGCUGCAACGAAGUCACGUGGAACGUUUGCAUCAGGCCCAGGUGCGGUUUAAGGCCGCUAUGGAGAUGGAGAAAGAGCGGGAAAAGUUGAUAGAGGCUUACAAGACAAUGAAGGAGGAGAGAGAGUUGAAAGAAAAAGAGCAGCGCCGCGUUCUCCUGCAGGAGGCGGCUGAAAUGCGAGCAAAGGGCAAGACCAAUGCCGAAGUGAUUGCUGCCUUAAAGGAAAGGCAGCUUGAGAUCAACGCACAACGUCAGGCGGAGUAUGAGUUGAAGGAACGUGAAGAGGCCUUGCAGCGUAAGUCACGAUUGGUAGACAUGAUAGCGCAGUUUAAACAUGAUGUAGAGGAGCGUGAGGGUCGGGAGUUGCUUCAACAGCAGAAGCGCACGGCAGAUCGACCUCUAAAUGUUUUCGGAUUUAGCGAUGAUGACGCUGUAGAUGGAGCAGAGCUGUCUGUGCAUGGCGUGGAGGAUGCGGAGUCGGCGCUUUUGGUACACUCCGCGAAGGAGUCGAACAUGACAAGAGGAGACAGCGGCAGCAACAGUCGUAGUAUUGCACGCCCAUUACCACACCCGCAGAAGAAUGCACUAUGGACCGCCAUUAACGAAGAUACGUACGAAGAUCCGUUCCACGCCGUUCACCAGGCCCGUCUCGAUGCGGCAAAAACGUACGACCCCUCGUAUGCCCGUACCUUUCCCUUGAACCUUGUCUUGGGACGCAAAUACAGCCGACAGGGGGCGGGUGAAAUGGCGGUGGGUAACGAGACAGACCGACAGAUUCUGCAGAAGGGUAAUGCAGUGGCGAUGAGCUUCCAGUGGGGAAUUGGUAGUAAUACUGUACAUGAUCUGGAUGCAGAGGGGAGCACGGACUACUUCAUGGAUGGCAACUUUCAUGUGCGUGACAAAAACACUGGGGACAUUGACUGGCGCUAUGAAAAGAAGAAGGGUGGAGCCAUAUUUAAGGGACCCAAGUUCUACCGCCUCGGGGCGCAGCGUGAGGCAAUGGACCCUGGCGAGCGGUCAAUGGAUCCCAUGCCCUACACGAAGCUGCCGCGUGAACAUAAGUGGCGCAGUAGCUAG